AGUAUUUCUUCUUGUGUUUUUUUUUUUUUGGGUUUAGCGAGACCUUCCAGCAGCAUACCCCCAACAUACACACACACACACCAAAGUGGAGACUUCGCGUACGAGGGGGUAGCAUCUUCUGCACAACCUCACACAGCAGCGAAAAGCAAAAACACAACAACAAUGUCGCGCGUACCCAUCUCGGAAGAACAGGCGCAGCAGAUGAUGGCCAAGCAGCAGGCCCAGGAGGAGCGCAUGGCGGCCUUCACGGAGCAGAAGGAGAAUAUGAUGCGCGCCUUCGUCAGCGCCGAGGGUCGUGAGCGCCUUCAGCGUAUUGCGCAGGUGAAGCCGGAGCGCGCGCAGGCCGUCGAGAUGCACAUCAUCCAGGCUGUGCAGAAGGGAAAGAUGCAGCCCCCCGUCUCGGACGAUACGGUGCGGGAGCUUUUAGGGCAGAUGGCGAGUCAGGAGUCGGAGGCCAAGUCGCACAUCACCAUUGUUCGCAAGCGCACGGAUGAUGACUGGUAA